CCAGAACACACUGAAGACACCGAGCUGGAGUAGGACGGGCACGCAUAGACGGCAUCACUCACCUCCAAGCCAAGUUCCCCGAGACCACCUUGAGACCCCAUGUUGGCAUGAAUGUGUGUAUCCCCCAUGGCAGUGGGCACACACAACCACACACAUAGGAAGCAGGGAUGAGGGUCAAACCAGACCGAGCUGAUCUCAGCGGACGCCCACAGGACCCGCAGCAGCUCCAGGGGCCCAGGUUCCAGCCGCCUGAGCAGGUGCCUGCAGCCAUGUCAGCCCUCAGCCUGGUCGUCCUGAGCCUGCUCACGGCAAUGCCACCCGCCAGCUGCCAACGAGGUUGGAGAGGGAAGAGGCACUGGGCUAGCCAGAGGAACCUCCAAAGGCAGACACAGGCUUCUGGCUGGGACGUGUUUCCCACAAAGUCCCAGUGUGGUUCCCACCGCCUUCCUGGGCUCUCUGUCCGGCUUUGCCGUUGUGUUGCUGUGUAUCUUCCGUCACCCAAGGAGAUGAGCAAAUCACUGCCCUUCUCUGAGACUCAGUUUUCUCAUCCGUAAAAUGAAGACAAUAAACCUGCCCACCCACCUCCCAGGGCACCUACCCUGCAGGAGUGGGGUAGGGCUUUGUAUGGGUAAAGCUCCACACCCACCAACUGGUGUCUGCCCUGUGCUGUGAGGCUGUGUUUGCAGCCAGAGUCUGGGGACUCUGCAGGUGGGAUUUGGCCCCAGAGGGGGUUGAUUUCCGGAGCACCCCUCUUUUGCAGCUGCCCUGAGCUCUCGUGCAUGUCUGCUUCAACUCUGCCUCUCAGGUCUUGGAAGCCCUCUCUGGGAACUGAAGAUCAGAGAGGCUGAGUAACUUGUGUAGGUCACACAGCAGAGCAAGAAGGGACAGGGCUAGAUCUCUUCUCUUCUGCCCCAGGCCCUGCCCCUUGUGCUGUAUGAGCACCCCAGAGCCACCUGGAAGGAGGAGCAGUGUCCCUGGUGUGUCUGGAGGGAACUGGCUGCAGAGACAGGCCUCCCAGGGCCUGAGCCCUGACUCCCAAUCCUUGGGUAGCCACUGACCCGAGGAAACAAAGGGCCUGAACCAUUGUUUUUUGGGAAAACAAUGAGUCCAAAACACAGCGUCUUGGCAAGUAUGGAACAUACAGUAACCACACUGUGUAUCUCCCGUCACCCAAGAAGAUGAGCAAGGUCUGACCACAGGACAGAGUUCCCAGGGCCCUCCCUCCUUCGCAACACCUGCCAGGAUCAGGGACUGCUCAGAGAGGAAGCAGUGCCUCUGGGCAGCAGGAGAGCUUUCGGGUAGACUCAGGAAGGACCUUUGAGAAGGAAUGGGCAGAAUGAAGUUUCUGAUGCUCAGCCUGGGCCCUUUAAGUACAGGAUGGCACUAGGGAUGCAGGUAUUCUGGUCUGGAAGCAGGACCUUUCAAAAGUCUCCUGUUGGCCUCUGUCCCUUCCUGAGACAUCUAACUGCUACUGUGUGUCUGUCCUCAGUGUGGCCAGGCUCUCUCAGGCUCACAGAGCACGGUGAUGUCUGGGGAGAGGAGAGCCCUUUGGGGCUGCCAGUGGCUGAGGGCAGAGACUUCUGGGAAAUCUUGAGGGUUAGAGGUAGUGUCAAGGGUCAAGGGUCAAAAGGCAGAGAAGGUGCCUGGAUGGGGCCUCAGACUGAUGUCUAGCCUAGUCCCUUGGGCACCCAGCCAGAGGAGCCGAAAGGGGAUCCGGUUGGGAGCUCCCCUCCUGCCAAGACCCAGAGAGAGCUCGGCCCUCUGUCCCGCCUUUCCAAAGGUGUUCUGUCCUACCCUUCCUCUGGGCACACCUGGCACCCCUGGCACCCCCAGCUGCACCACCCUGCCUGUCCUUGCUCCCACGCCUACCUGACGCCAGAGAACCUCUGCUACAAAACAGGAUCUUCCAGAUGCCAGCCUAGUCCUAUUAGCUCUGGGCCUCCCCAGCCUGGGAGCAGGGGAGGAGGGGAGCCACUCUCCCUGGCAGGGCCAGGCUGGCUAUUCAAGGGGCUGCCCUUUGGUCCCUGGGCUGAGGCUCUCCCUGGGGGCCCCUACUUGUGACCCACUGCAGCGGGAGAGGGCUGGGGGAGAGGACACUCUGGGCUGCCUGGACCUCAGACGCUGCUCUCUGAGGCUUCCUCCCUCCUUGGCUCCUUUCUUUUUUCCAAAUCCUGUCUUCCUCUGAACCACCGUCCCCUUUAUAAGCCCAGUGGUCAGACGGGGUCCUUGUUUCCCAGACGGUUUCUUCUGGUCCGGGCAGCGGGCUGGGAGCCUCCAGCACAGGCUCCUGCCCAGAGGCAGGAGGGCUCCCUGCACUGGUAGUCCCACUGCGCCCAGCUUGCUGCAGGACACACCCCCGCCCCUCGCCUCCCCCCCAAACACAGCACACGCCUCCCU